AUUUUGCAGACUAACAAGUUUUGUACUUUGGUAAUAUUUUUUAGAAAACGAAAACAAAAUUGUCUGAAGAAAUUUGUCUAUAAAUAUCGAUAAUGUUGUUAUUGCCAUUUCAGUACCAGCCGUCGAUAUCAUUGUGCAAAUUGCCGGAUCACAAAAUGAAACUUUUCACUGCCACCCUAGUUGCCCUGGUUGCCUUAGCUGCAGCUGAUGUUAGCCAUUUGAAAAAUACAUAUUUACCACCGAGCAAAGACCAUCAUCAUCAUCAUCACCAUGCCGGUUCGUCGGGCAGCCACUCAUCGCCGGUAGCAACAUACAGUUCCACUAGCUAUUCUGCCCCAGCUGCUACCUUCAGUUAUUCUGCUCCGGCUGCUGCAUCGCCUUCUAAACAAUAUUUGGCUCCAGCUGCUUCUAGCUCCUCAUUCAAAUUCUCGGCACCGGCUGCCGCUAAACAAUAUUCUGCACCAGCAGCAACAUAUAGCUCUACUAGCUAUUCGGCUCCUGCUGCUUCCAGUUCCUCAUUUAAAUUCUCCGCACCGGCUGCCGCUAAACAAUAUUCAGCUCCAGCUGCAACAUAUAGUUCCAGUAGCUAUUCUGCUCCUGCUGCAUCGGCUCCUGUUAAGAAAUAUUCUGCACCAGCUUUUACCGCAUUUGCAGCCUCAAAGCCAUCCAACCAAUAUUUGGCUCCAGCUGCAUCAAGUACAUUUGCCUCGAAAUCGGCACCUGCCCAAAGCAGUUUUACCUACUCUGCACCCUCUGUGACAUACAGUUCUCAGAGUUCUGCACCGGCUUCUUCAUAUUCGGAGAAAUCUUAUCAAGCUGCACCAGCCUCAUUUUCUUAUAGCGAAAAAUCCACUUACUCAAGUCCAGCUGCUUCCUCAACCGACUACAACAAUUAUCCAGCUCCCACAAUAAUCUAUGCUGCACCAUCUGCCUCCUCACCCAGCUAUACAGCACCAUCUUCUUUUACUGGCAGCUCUGGCUCUGGCAGCUUCUCUGCUCCAGCUACAACAAAUUCGCACUUCCAAUCGGCUGCUGCCUCUCCUGCCAGGACUUAUGCCUACUCAGCUCCAGCAGCUUCAAAUUUCGUGGCAAAAACUUCAUAUUCUGCACCGGCUGCCUCCAGUCAAGGUUCUGGUACAGCUUAUGCUGCCGAUGGUGGUUACAUUUACUAGAUCUAGAUGAAAAUUCCGUUUAAAUAAAAUUCGAAAAGCUUCCGAGAAAUA